AUGUCAUAUUUAAAAGGUCUUAUUGCGAGACUUACUUACCCUGCAUUACGCACCUUUCCACCAAGAGACCUUUUCCUAAUGUCACAAAAAAGAAAAACAAAAAUAGUCAAGCCUACGCACAAUCUUUUCUCCCCUUCAGCAUAUGGUCUCAUUGCGAGAAUUUCUCGACCUGAAUUGUUUACCUCUCAACAAAGAACUCUACCUUUAACUUUGCAAAGAAGAACCAACAUAACCAUUCCGCCCAAUUACUUAGAAAGGUAUAAUAGAUACCAUUCUUCUCAUAACAACAGAGGAACCCAAGACGUUCGAGACUGGUGCGUUCAGGAAGUAAAUGAGUUCUUGCAAAUUCGGUUGGAAGAAAAAUGGACGCCACGAGAGACGAAAAUUUUCGAAAAAAACAAGAUAACAGGUUCAAUCUUUUUAGACUUAACCGUUGAAAAGAUGAACUUAUUGAAAAUUCCAUUGGCACUUGCAUUUGAAAUAUACAAAUUGAAGAAAGGAAUACGUCAAAAAAGAAUUUUUAUUCAGCAAUAUGACGAUAAAGGUUAUCCAUUACCAAAUUUUGAUAGUUUUACUAUUGAUUGUCAAGAAAACUUUGAAAUGGUUUUAAGACGAUCCAAUGCAAUGGGAUUAGAAUUAAUUAAAAAUCAUUUUAAUGAGAAUAUCAAUGAUCACAUCCCAAACCUUAUUACAUCCUUCGAGGAUCUUAUUGCUGAUCAAGAGUACCGUUAUGAUGCUAUCCAUAGGUUUAGGAAGAAAUGGUGCUGA